AUGGGCCGACACGGUGCUAAGAAGGCCAAGACCGCGAAGAUGCAUCCAAUGAUGGCUGCUAUGAUGGCUGCGAUGCAACAGCAGCAGCAGGAUUCCAGCUCUGAUGAAUCAGAUCAUGCCAGGGUUCGUGCUGCACGUGCAUCGUCAUUGGCUGAUGCUGCGCCAAGCUCUACUGCUGCUUCUUCGGGGCAUUUGCAAGUGGCAGCCGCUGCAGCUGAAGGUUCUUCUUCGUCUGGCGCCAAGGCAGCUGCAGCUGCGCCUGCUGUUGUGGAAACAGGACAUGCAGUGGCAAAGGCGAUGGCCAAUUUGGACCAGCAAACUGCUUCGCUGUACAGCAGGGAUGACAACAGCAGGAGGAUCCACCGCAAUGCUGUUCUCUUGCGCUCCAUCCCCAAGGUACCUCUUUCCGAAGCUUGCGAAGCAAUUGAUCAUGCUCUUGAUCCUACUGCUACUUCUGACUUGAGUCAGCAUGGUCUUGCUCGCUUAAUUUGGAUCAUGAGCAGACAGAAGCCCAAUGUUUCCCUCGCGCGCUUGCGUGUGGAGAGUUAUGGGGUGCUGAAUGCUCGCCUUCGGCGAGUUCACGAAAGGCUGAUAGCAACUAGCCCGGAGAUGAUAACCACCAUGCAGGCCAUCAAGGAACAACCGCUGCUAGCCCUGGCUCAACAACUUGGGUUUGACGAGGCAUGGUUUUCUCAGGAGGUUGUCGCAGUGAAAGGCAAAUCCAAGGCAAUCAAUGCUCCUGUUCCAGCUGAUCAACAAACGCUUCCUGGCAUGUUGGCGGCAAUCCCGAAAGUUCCACCAAGUCAAGCUUUGCGGGCUCCACCUCCAGCUGCAUCUCCUGUGUUGAAAGCAGGUGCAGCAGCUGUGGCAAUGCCAAAGGUGCUGGCAAAGGGUCCGGCUCCAUCAGUGGGUGUGGCCACACCCGUGGCAAAGGCUAAAGUGGCUCCGGUGCCACCCAAGAUGCCAGGAGUAGCAGCUGAGCCAGCUGCAGCACAUUCUCCUUUGGUUAUUGUUCCCAAGAUGGCUCCACCUGUGCAGUCUGAAGCUCCCCAAGAAGUUGGUCAAGCUGCUGUUGUGGCCGGUGCUGAUGACGAAAGCUUGGAUGAAAUCAUGGCAGGUGGUGAUGGUGGAGAAGCCACAGAGGAAGCUGUCAUGAUCGGUGAUCCAGAUGAACCUUUGUGUGUGAUUUGCCAGCAACCUCUUCGCUCAGCAACGGAUGACCAGCCAGUCUUGGCGUUGGAGUGUGGACACACUCACCAUGAAUCGUGUUUGUUCUCAGCAUGGCAGAUCGGUGGUCAUCAGCAUGGAUGGUGUCCUUUCAAGUGUGAUGUUCGUCAACAGGCUGCGCAGAUUGAGGAUGAAACCAUGCAAGCCCCAGGUCAUAGUCAAAGCGUGGUGCCCCAACUGUCAGUUGGCAUUGCCUUGUGA